GUGGGUGGGUGGCUGGCUGCAGCAUUCCUCCGCACUUCUCCCCUUCACUUUUCCUUUUCUUUCCCUAUUCCAAAUUCACAAGCAAAAAUCACAAAAUUUCAACUCAGAUUCAUUUUGCUCAAGACAACAAAAACAAAGAGUCCAUCCCCUCCAGCAAAAAAUGGCUUUGCAAGAGGAGGAAAUAAAGAUAGCGAAGGAAGCAAUCAAGCAUGCUAUCAAAGCCCUUCGAAGAAGGCAUUUGGUGGAAGAAGCAGCUCAUUCCCCGGCUUUCAUCGCCCUUUCUAAGCCUCUUCUUUCUCAGGGCUCAGAGUGGAAAGAGAAAGCUGAAAAUCUUGAAGUGGAACUUCAGCAGUGUUAUAAAGCUCAGGCUCGAUUGUCAGAGCAGCUUGUGGUGGAAGUGGCUGAAUCAAGAACUUUUAAAACUGCAAUUCAAGAGAAAGAUGCCAUUAUAGCUGAUCUACAGAGUGAGCUUGCAAAAGCAAGGGAUGAAUGUUCAGAUUUGAAUACACUCUUAGAAGAAAAGACUAAAGCUCUAGAACUCAUGAUAAGUGAAAACCAGGUUCUUAAAACACAACUUGAAGAGGCAAAAGCUAGAGCGGACAAGUUUGAAGCAGAGAAUAAGAUGCUAAUUGAUCGAUGGAUGCUGCAGAAGAUGCAGGAUGCUGAACGCCUUAAUGAGGCUAAUGCAAUAUAUGGAGAUAUGCUAGACCAGGCGAAUAAUAGCAGCAUAGAACAGCUGGCUCGUCAACAAGUAGAUGGUGUGGUCCGCCGAAGUGAAGAGGGUGCUGAGUACUAUGUGGAGUCAAGUAUUCCCAAUAUGUGUAAGCAACGGAUCCCUGGACAUGAAGGUGGCUGUGGUACUAUAGUAUUUGAGUACAACUCCACCAAAUUGAUUAGUGGAGGGCAGGACCGAGAUGUGAAAAUGUGGGACACAAACACUGGUGCACUGGUGCGCACUUUUGAAGGUUGUGUGGGUUCUGUUCUUGAUCUUUCUAUCACCCCUGAUAACAGAACCAUCAUAGCUGCUAGUGGUUCAAAGAAUUUAGUUGUCUGGGAUGCAAGUUCAGCCAGAACACGCCAUACUCUCACAGGUCAUAUGGAGAAAGUAGUUGCUGUAGAUGUUAGUAAAAUUUCAAGUCGCCAUGUCGUGAGUGCAGCUUAUGAUCGUACCAUAAAAGUUUGGGAUCUGCAGAAGGGUUACUGUAUUAACACAAUUCUCUUCCCCAGCAAUUGCAAUGCGCUGACUUUUAGCAUAGAUGGACAAACUAUCUGUUCAGGUCAUGUAGAUGGAAAUCUUCGGCUGUGGGAUAUACAAACUGGUAAACUUUUGAGUGAGGUUGCUGCACAUUCACUUGCUGUUACAUCACUAUCUCUAUCUCGAAAUGGUAACACAAUAUUGACAAGUGGCAGAGACAACUUGCACAAUUUAUUCGACAUGCGGACUCUUGAAGUUUGUGGCACAUUCAGAGCAAAUGGCAACAGAGUUGCAUCUAAUUGGAGCAGAUCCUGUCUCAGUUCAGAUGACAAUUAUGUUGCUGCUGGAUCUGUUGAUGGAUCUGUUCAUAUUUGGUCAAUAUCAAAUGCUAAAAUUGUAAGCACUCUAAAGGAACAUACAACUUCAGUUCUUUGUUGUUCAUGGAGUGGCUUUGGAAAACCACUAGCAACAUCUGAUAAGAAUGGUUCUAUCUGUAUAUGGACAUGAUAGGAAGCAAGUUAUUUGUACAUUUGUAUUUAUAUGAUGUCUUCUCCUUCCUUCUGUGGUCUAUACCUACUGUACAAAUGUACAUUUGUACAUUUGUAAUGUAUAUCAUGCCUAAAGCUCAAACUGAAACCACUUUGAUUUUUCUGUAAACAUGUAUUUCUUUGCCCAGUUUUGUUUA